AUGGUCGACGGGGCGAGUGCAAUACAUCACGACAGCCCUGUUGAUACGUGUCUGGGUCGGUGGAUGUGGUCUGCGGUGGGUGCGUGUCCGCGCAGCCGUCACCGUGUGCGGCGCAGGGCCAUUGCGAAUGUGCGUGCGGCGCUGCUUGUGGCGUUGGCGCUGGUUGCUGCUGCUGCGUGGAUGCCCGCGGUGCAUGCGGUGGUGUUGCGACUGCGGGGCGGCACGGUGGACAGAGCCAUCACGGUUGGCCGCGCCGUGGACACGGUGCUGAUGGACGGCGUGUCCAUCACGAACGGCGUGGCUGUUGUGUUCGACGUGCCUGCGAUGCUUCCCGGCGCUCUGCUCAUCGAACUGAGGAACUGUGUGUGCGACGGCGGUGCGCAGAUCUACGUGCGGGGCUACGGCGGCGAGCCGGCGAGUGACCGGAGCCUGGAGGUGAGUGUGAGCGGGCUAUCCGGCGACUACUGCUCGCUUGUGUUUGUGCACAACCUGCCGGCACACACGAACGUGACGGUCCGUGACUCGACGAUUGUGACGCCGGGACCGAUGCGCUACUCGCAGCUGAGCGGGCUGACGGACGCGGUGGCGUCGCCGCUUGUGCUGCACGCGACGUCGCUGUUGCAGUCGCAGCUGCGUGUGAGCAACACAGUGCUGAGGUCGUUGCAGGCGGGCGGGUCGGCGGUGUACGUUGGCGGCGGUGUGGACCUGCUGUCGAGCGCUGUGGUGCUUGACGGCGUGUCGCUGGAGGCGUCGGACGGUCCGACCGCGUCCGCGAUGCAUGUGGCGUCCUCGUCGCGUCUCAGUCUGCGGGGCCACUCGGUGUUCUCCGUGACGAACGUGUCGGUUGUGAGCAGCGGCGGCGGCCUUGUGCUUGGAGAGCGUGUUACUGUGUUUGAUUCGGUGCUGCGCUUCGUGCGCGUCGAGGGGUCUGUCACGUCCUCGCUGGUGUGCUGCGACGGUGGGACUGUCGGUGGCGGCGGGUGGCUGGACCUGCACGACGUGUGGGCGGUGGGCGAGGCGUCGUCCGUGGCGUCGCUGUCGGGGGUGACGCUGAGCGGCGGCACCGUGUCGAUUGCACGCUGCGCUGCCGUUGGCGCGACGCUUGUCUCCGGGCCGACGAUCACGAGCGGCGUCGUGUCGGUGCAGUGCAACCGUGCCGGCGGCCGGGUGCUGCGGAGCAGCGGCGACUACCGCAUGGCCGGCCUGUCCUCCGUGAGCGUGGUGCCGUGCGACGGCUGUGCGGCCGCGCUGGCGUGCUUUGAUGCGCUGACGGCGUCGUUCUCCGACUGUGCUUGCAGCUGCCUUGCCGGCGGCUUGGGCGAGGCGUGCCUGCCGUUCGACGUGCCGGUUGCGAGGUCCGGCGGCGGUGGCGAUACCGCGGAGGGCUGCGUGAGUGGCGUGGCGCUGACGGAGUCGGUGACGGUUGGCGGCGGGCGUGCGACGGCGUGCUUCGACUCGGUGGUGUUCAGCGGGCCGAUCACUGUGGCGUUGGACCUGCGCUCGAUGGACGCGUUCGCUGGCGCGUUGAACGUGACGCUGCGCCACUGCGUGCUUGCGGGCGGCGCGCAGCUGCGGAUUGGUGGCCUCAGCGAGAUCACGGCGCGCCUGAUGCCCCACGCCCUCGUCAACAUGACGAACGUGACGUCGGUGGAGGGCACGAUUGUGCUGCAUGGCGCGAUGCCGCUGCACUCGAGCGUGCUGCUGGCGAACUCAACGCUGCGCGCGACGGUUGGCGGGUCGCAGUACGUGCCGACGGCCCGUGGCCAUGCGAGAUCCCGGUACGGCCCCGCGCUUGUCCUGGACGGCGUCCGGCUACUGUCGACGCGGUUUGUCAUGACGCGGUCGACGCUGGUGUGUGGCGGGGAGUCGUGCGCUGCGAUCCUCGUUGAGCGCGGCCUCGGCGUGCACCUGUCCAGCGUCUUCUACAUGGACAAUUGCGCUGUCGUGUCGCAGAUGCACGUGAUGUACGCUCUUGCGUCGGGCCUGCGUGUCAGCGGCGGCUCCGUGUUCUCCGUACAGAACAGCUCGUGGAGUGCACCGAGCAUUGGCUUCUACGAAGGUGCGUGUGUGUUCAAGGACGUUGCGGUGGAUGGUGGCAGCGUGCUGCAGAUUGUGUCCAGCAAUUUCCGUCUUGGCUUUGCCAUGCUCAUUGCAACCACGCUGACUGUGACUGGCGGCAGCUGGCUGGUGCACCGUGACAACGAGUUUCGCACCGCCUACGUUGUGCACGUGGCCAGCGAGAACGGCGUGGCAUUCUGCGAUCGGAGUCUGUGGUCGAUACUUGACAACAACUUCACGUACGGCUCGUACUCGUCAACCAUUGCACACAUGACAAGCAACUGGUUACCACCAUCCGACUCGCGCCCGACCAUCUACGGUGUGUGCAACGAGAUAAGAGGCUCUCCUGUGGCGAAUUACGGAGAAGAGCUCAACAUUGGGGUGCCCGUGACGGUGUUGGACUGUGGUGCGUGCACCGUGGACGCCGUGUGCUUUGCUGCGAGGACGAGCAGCAUCAGCGGCUGUGAGUGUGUGUGCGCUGCUGGCGGCUACGGUGACACAUGUCUGCCGGCUGUGGUUCCGGACGGUCUUGGGCCGCUCCCGCUCCCCGAUGCGAGGGACACGGAGGUCCGCUGCGUGCACGGUGGCAGCAUCAGCUCCGUAUACUAUCCUGAUCCCGGUGUGCGUGGUCUGUGCUUCGUCAACGUAACCUUCACUGCCGCGAUUGUGCUGGACUUGUCGUAUUUCGAUGCGCCACAACAGACACUCAACAUCACGCUGCUGCAGUGCGUCCUCAUGGACCUGUCGGUCAGGGGGAGUGGUGUGCGAGUGCACGUGAACGUGACAUCCUCGAUGCUGGAUUCUGGUGAGUUGGAGUUCAGGGGUGUUUUUGGCGUGAGCUCCCAGAUACUGGUGGCGUGCAGUACGCUUGUGACGAUGUCGAGCCACGCUAUUGCCUUCCGGGAAUUUUUCCUUGGCGCGAACUCGACGCUGCUGCUACUCGACAACUACAUUGAGGGGAAUAGGCACGCAGUCUAUUUCUUCAAUGCUGUUGUUGUUGAUGGUGGCGGGAUCAUUGUGAAGGGAAAUACGCUGAGGGCAACGGAUAAUAACGGUGCGGAGUCAGCCGUUUGCGUUCAUGCUGUUGUUAUGAAGAACGGCGGCUACCUUGACGUUGAGAACAACGCGAUGAGCGCGGUCAUAGGCGUUUGGUUUGUGAAGAGGGCCACCGUGAGCUCCGCGGGGCUGCUGCGAGUGGCGGACUGCACCUUCGUUUACAGGAAGAAAUUUUUUGAUCCCGCGCUGGUGUAUUUUUCUAACUCUCUCAUCCUUCAGGGUGGAGCGCAGUGGCGUGUGGAGAGAAACAGCGUGAGUGCAGCCUCCUUAUUAAUUGUGCCACGUCCCCAGCGUAAAAUUCAGCUGUCAGGCAGCGGCACCACCGUGGUGCUUGCACACAACCGUCAGGUGGACUCGAGUAAAGCCUUUGUCAAUAUUUUCCCAUCGAGCAUUGUCGUGACGUCAUCCGCGCGGUUUGUGGUUGGGUGCAACCUGCAGGGCGGUGAGGAGGUGUUGUACGACGGUGUAUUUCCGGAGGGUGUGGUGGUGUUCAGGUGCGGCACAUGCAACGACGACGCGGCGUGCUACAUGCCCGGGACGGAGUUGGUGGACCGCAGCUCGUGCUCGUGCAGCUGCAAGGACGGAUGGCAUGGCGCGUCGUGUCUUCCCUUCAAGGUGCCCGACACGGUUUUGCUCCCCUUGCCGGAGAGAGCCGUCGACGGCGACACGAGCUGCGUGGUGAACCAGACACUGACGAAAAUUAUGCUGAACAUGUGGAAGACGCACCACUGCUACGCGGGUGUGACAUUCAGCGGCGUGGGUGCUGUGCUAACGUUUUCCUUUGACAGUAUGCUGCUGCAUCUCCCCAUCAACAUCACGCUCACUGGAUGCACGUUCCGUGGCGGUGCCGUGGUGCAAUUUUUUGGUGGUGCUGAGUCGGCCGAGUCAGCCGGUGUCCUGAUCCGCGUGAGCCAGACGGUGAUGCGUUCCUCCGUUGUUGUUUUUGCAGCUGCCCUCCCGCAGCACUGCGACAUUGCCGUCACGGAGGUUGACGCGGUGCAGUCUUCCGCGGUCGACUUACCGGGCACUGUGAGCAAGACGCUGAGCGUAUUGCUGCUGAGGAACGUUGUGCUGACUACAUCCUCGCUGCUGGUCAGCAACGUCAAUGCGCAUGCAUCGAGGCGUGGCGGGUUUGGUUUGCACUCUACCGGGACGCUGACGCUGGUGGGUGGCAGCUCUCUUUACGCGCGUUACUGCAGCUUUGAUGGGUACGAACACCUGUUGUACAUGAAUAUUCUCAGUGUGAGUGACCACUCUGUUUUUGCGCUGCUCAACAAUACAAUGGCCUCCGGGACAAGCCUUCUGUGUCAACAACAAGAAUUGAGCGUGUCGGAUCACAGCGUGUUGCGCGUGGUGGGGAACAGCGGUUCCGUCUCAUACGCCAUCCUUGCAGAAGGCUCGUGGGCCGUCCUGGAGUCAAGCUGGCUGGAUUGGCGUGACAACGACGUGGGUGUGGGUGCGAUUUUCAAGGUAUGGGAUUCCGCCUUUGUGAGCACUGACGGCAGCAGUGUGGUGACGCUGACGGGCUGCAAGAUGGGCUCGACGGGGCUGUCGGUACCCUUGCUAUCGCAGGCUGACGCCGGCUACCGGUUUGUUGCUGGGUGCCUGACGGUCGCGGGACGGUUGGUGACGACGGCGGCUGAACUGGAGCUCCACGGCAUCACCGACGUGACGACGGUUGCUGCGUGCGGGGAGUGCACGAAGGACGGCGACUGCUUUGCUCCGCUGACGACGGCUAUCAGCGACUGCAAGUGCCAGUGCGCUGCUGGAGGGCACGGCGAUGUGUGCGUCCCGGCGCCUGUGCCUGCUGGCCCGCCGCCACCGCUCACGCCGCCACCACCGCCACCACCGCCACCACCGCCGAUUGGUGAGUGCAUCAGCGACAUGGUGUGCCCCGAGGUUGCGCAGGCUGUGGGCGGCGGGCUGUCGUGGCUGUGCUACCGCAACGUGACGUUCAGCGGGGGCGGCAUGAGCCUGACGGUGCUGGUCGGGGCGAUGACGGGCGACGUGGUGAAUGUCACGUUUGAUGGAUGCACGUGGAGGGACGGCGCCGUGCUGUUGGUGUUGGGCAACACGUACGCCGCUGUGGGGUCACUGAACAUCCUCGUCA